AACCGGAAGCGGCUAGAAUCCAGGCACCUCUACCAAUGGCAUGGAACUACGGCAGCCAUCGUCCUGUUUCUGCAGGUACACGAUGCCGUCUCAUUCUGCACGAUGGGAUUCAUGCUACUAGGCGGCACAGUCAACGUCCGUUCCAUCUCGCUCAUGCAGGUACAGCCCUGUGGGCCAAGACUAGAUAUAGCGCAAUCUCCCAUGUCCUCUUUUCUCAUCGUCAGUCGCACUGCUUUCCAGUUCGUCGUCAAGUCACUCUUUCGAGACUACAUCCUAAUUGCAGCAUUUUUGCUUGCGUCCUUUCGUUGAGUCCGCUCAUCACGAUCUUUACUGGCCUCCGGCCGUCCUAUCAUUGAAAAUUGCAUAUCGUUGCUAAUACUGUUAAUCUCAUAAUUAUGUCUCCCUCAACCUUCACUCGCGCUGCUUUCGCAGCUGGGCUUCUUGCCUCUGGUGUCUCUGCGGCCUUCGACAAUGCUGCUAAGACGAACAUUGCUAUGUACUGGGGACAAGGAAACGCUCAGAUCCCACUGUCCGAGGUCUGCGCUGAUCCUAACAUCGACAUCGUCAACAUUGGCUUCAUCAACGCAUUCCCUUCGGUAGUAGGCUCAUACCCGGGAAGCAACCACGCCAACGCGUGUGGUAGCGAAGUAUACUACGACCCGGUUCUGAAGAAGGACAGCAAGCUUUACAGCUCAUGCCCUGGCGUGGGAGAUGCUAUCACUGCUUGCCAGAAGAGCGGCAAGAAGGUCAUGCUCUCUCUCGGUGGUGGUUGGCCUACUGACUACUAUCUGCCAUCCCCUGAGGUCGCUCAAUGGACCGCCGAAUUCUUGAUCAAAGCCUAUGGUCCUCCCACCGCUGCCUGGAAGGCGGCUGGCAGGCCUCGUCCUUUCGGCGAUGCCGUCGUUGACGGUUUUGACCUCGAUCUCGAGGCACAAACCUACGACAUGCCUUCAGCUGAGUACAUUUACAAGAACUACGACGUCUUCGGAAAGUACGUCAAGAGCAACUCGAAGAUGCUUCUCUCCGCCGCUCCUCAGUGCGUUGUCCCAGACGUCAGGAUCUCACCAGUCCUCAAGGCCGUUCCCUUCGACUUUAUCUUCACUCAGUUCUACAACACCCGAGUCUGCUCUGCCGCUCAGGCCGUCCAAGAUAUCAAGGACAAGAAGACUGGCACCUUCACUUUCGACAAAUGGAUCUCCGAGAUCAAGGCCUCUGCGAACCCCAACCUCAAGUUCUACAUUGGAUUGGCCGCAGGUCCGGAUGGUCUCCCCACCCACAAGGAAGACUACCUCACGCCCGAAGAUGCGAACACUCUGAUUACGAAGUACAAGGGCAACACCAACUUCGGCGGUGUGAUGCUCUGGGAGGCCUCCGUUUCCGUCAGGAACCCAACCUACGGUCGGUCCUACGGUACUUGGAUGAAGUAUGCUGUCGAGGGUACUUUCUUGAAGAACUACAAGCCUAUCGUGUCUUCCAGCACCAGGUCUUCAACAACAUCUACUAAGGCCUCGACCACCAAGACACCUUCCAGCACCCCUGUUACUUCUACUAAGACCUCAUCCACUAAGAGCUCGUCUACCAAGAUCUCGUCCUCUACUCCCAUCUCGAGCAGCAAGAUCCCUUCCAGCACCCCUGUUACUUCUACUAAGAGCUCGUCCACCAAGAUCUCGUCUUCUACUCCCAUCUCGAGCAGCAAGAUCCCUUCCAGCACUCCUACCCCCAGCACCAUGAUCACCAGCAGCAAGACCUCAUCUUCUGCUUACGUCACCUCAAGCAUGGUUUCUUCGUCUGCAUACGUCACCUCCAGCUCAAUUUCCAGCAGCAGCAGCAGCAGCUCAGCCUACGAAACUGCCUCUACCAAGAGCUCCAGCUCCGCCGAGACUGUUAGCAGCACCCUGAUCGAGCCAUCCUCCAUCGCGACAAUCUCUGCGUCUGCCUCUAGCAGCGAGUCAGCCUACGUACCUUACCCGACUGAGACCGCCAGCUCUGUUGAGACCAUCAGCAGCUCCGCGACUGAGUCUUCUUCCAUUGACACUAUCUCUGCCACAAAGGAGGGUAGCUCAGUAUACGUGCCUUACCCGACCGAGACCCCGAGCUCUGUCGAGACUGUCAGCAGCACCUUCAUUGAGCCGUCAUCCAUUGCCACGAUCUCCGCAUCCGAGACUCUUAGCAGCUCUGUCUACGUUCCUUCCUCGAGCGAGACCUCUGCCUCCACCGACAAGUACCCCACUGACACUGUCUCCGCGACUACCCCUGAGGGCGUCUCUUCGACUUCUUGCAGCACCUCCAGCGUUGCAUACUCCACUGGCGCUAGCUCCAGCGAUGUCUACUCGGUGUCAUCUGUCGUAUACUCAUCUGGUGUCUACUCUACUGCAUCCCCGGUGUACCCCACCUCAACCUACUCUGCCAGCAAGGGAAUAGACUACCCCGACUACCCUGCUGAGAGCUCCAAGAGCGAUGCUGCAUCCAGCACUGGCUACGAGAGCGUUCCAUCGGUUACAAAGAAGCCUGAGUACUCUGAGUACUCCACUGCUCCUACUGGCUCUACCACCGCCACUGUCAUCACCACUACCUACGUCGAUGUCUGCCCUACUGGUCUGACUACCGUCACCACCACGUACUGGACAACCGUCUGCACCAAGUGCGCCGCGAAGCCCACCGGCUCGGCCGACGUACCUGAGGGUUGGACCACCAGUGUCUACACUGCCAGCACUGUUACCGUGACUCUUACCAAGCCCAUCGUCACGCCUACCAGCAUGCCCGCAUACCCAUCGUCCGCUCCUUCCGUCGCAUACCCCGCGGACUACCCUGCUAAGCCCGUGUCCUCUGGCAAGCCUGGAUACCCUGCCGUCCCUGAGGCGUCUAUGCCCGCAUACCCAGCUGCUCCUAAGCCCUCCAAGGCUGCCGAAUACCCAGCUGUUCCUGAGGCUUCCAAGGGCGCCGAGUACCCAUCUGCUCCUCAGGGAUCCAUGCCCGCCUACCCUGCCGUUCCUGAAGCCUCCAAGGCGGCUGAAUAUCCUGCCAUGCCCGAGGCACCCAAGCCAGCUUCUUCCUCUGCCGCCGCUGGCUACCCAUCUGCACCCAUCGCUUCCGAGUACCCCAAGAAGCCUGUCGAGCAGGAGGUUACCAGCACCGUCCGCGUUACCUCCACCCUCUCCAAGGUCGCCGUUCCCACUUACGCUCCCGCUCCUUACCCCACGGUCAGCGCUGGAGGUGCACCUUACGUCCCUGCCGGCUCUGCCAGCAGCUACGCGCCUAUGCCUACCGGCACUGGUGUUGGUUCCGCUUAUCCUUCUAUGCCAGCGGAGUUCACAGGUGCUGCUAGCCGUGCUGGUGAUGGAUUCAUGAUGGUUGUUGGUGUUGUUGCUGCCGUUCUUGUUCUAUAAAGUUGAGAUGUGAUGGUUGGAGAGUUGUUCUGAUGUUU